GUGGCUUGGCCAAGGGAAUCAAACGAAGGACUCCGAGAAUUCGGCGCCGGUGUGCUGUUCGAUAUCCUUUUUCGGUUCUGUCGCAUUGAUCGUUUUGGGUUUACUUUGAUUUUCAAGUACGACGGAGGUCCGAAUCUUUGGAUUAUAUAAGAAAAGGGGGCUGGUGAACCGGUGUUUUCCGAAUCACGUGAUACGCGUCAUGGGUGUCCCGCAAGGGACUCGCAUAAUGAACCGUGAGAUCAUCACGAACUUGAUAAUUUCGAGAGUAAACACGGACUUAUCUCACUAGUAUCAAUAUCGAUUUAUCUAGAUUGUGAGCAAUAAUAAUUAAUCGAACCGAUGAAUGUCAUUGUUCCUCAUUUUUAGACAGGAAUGCCUAUUAAUUGUCAAUUUGCUAUGUGUUGGCCAUUGACGCGCUGUGCCGCUCGGAGCAGAUAGUACAGCAUCGUCUAAUGUAUAUUUUGUUACAAAUCCAAUGAGUUGAUGAAUGUCCAAGUCGGCUUCCGAUACCUCAAAACUGGCAGUGGAGUGGCUACGGAUUCCGAGAUGCCACUGACCGCAUUUGCACAAUUUCCCGCCCUCCCAACUGAGCUGCGCAUCAAGAUAUGGAAUGAAUCAUGUCAUCCCCGCGUGGUGGAAUUACACUCACAGACUUUCACCGAUGGCGUUAGCGAAACGCCGAAAUGGGUCUCAAAUUGUAGCAACCCAGCAGCCUUAUCCGUAUGCUUCGAGUCCCGCAUGGUAGCACGCGCUCAUUUUUCCGUCCUCCUACCCGUCUUUAGGUCCAUGUCGAAGUCCGGAAUCCCCAUUCCACGCGACCUAUAUUUUGAUCCCGCUUCGGAUCUGCUCGCGGUUCUGGGCCAGGCAGAUUUCACGCGACUAGUAGACCUCUUCAAGGCGGUCCGCUUACAGGAUCCCGCUGGUCGGGGACUGCAGCGCUUCUGCUUGUCCAUGAGUUCUUGGACGCACUCGUUUCACUUCGAGGCCCAGACCCAUAUGAUAUGGCAUAUGGCCGUGUUCAGCCAACUGGAAGAGCUUGUGUUGCUCAUGUACGAUGAACAGCGACCGCCGGCCAAUUUUCGGGAUGGCGAAUGUGUACUCGAGGCAGUUCCGGGCAUGGAUGCUUUCUCUCGGCUCUUCUCGGCGAAUUGGCGCCAACUGUUUGAUUCUGCGGAGUUGCGACUUAUGAAUUUGAAGUUUAUACCUGGUCCGGUGUCGUGCGCUGCUGCCUGAUCACUUCUUUGUUAGGGAUCACGGUGCACGGGAUCCGGCGAAUUUUGACAAAUCGAUUUGUACCAAUU